AUGUGGCAGGGACAAGAUAUUCGAAGGCGACCGCUCAGCGCGGAGACAGAAGUGAAAAUGAUGGAGGAAGCUCAGUUCAGAGUUGGUCGUCGGUACCGUAACCAUCCCGUUUGCACUAAUUUAGGAGACCUUUUUCAAAGCAUUUUCUUGUCGCUACCGCCAACACCUAUGCCGCGCUUGUGGGAAACUGCAUUGUAUCAACGUGGAUUCUCCAAAACUGCAGGGAUGAACGCUUGGUUUUUUUCACCUGACACACGAAAAGUGUGGGACAAUAAUGGCUCACUGAUUGACGAGCCCAUUCCAUUGUGGGAAACUGCUGAGGAUGAGACGAUGUCAGCUGUGUCUCGUCCAGUUGUAAAAGUUGAGACGGAAAUGUCAAGGCUAGCAGCAGAACGAGUUUGCUCGGUAAUGAGCAAGCAAGGUAGCCUAGAAAAUCUUAAUCUGGACGAUACAAAACCUGUCGAGGUUGAUGCGGAUCGAUCAUACCGUAUGUGGUAUCCUGAGGAGAUGCCGAAGCGAAAGUCCUCGUCGGAGGCGUUAUUCCAUUGCAAACCAAACAUACAAGCCGCGAAAGAUGUGAAAUGGGAUAAACUUCUGCCGCACCAAGGUGCUGUUGAUGAAGUAAAGAUGCGUGACCAACGCUUAAGAACUGAUCUUGCGAUAGGUCCAAAGUCAAGGCAUCGGCUACUCGAUCAUAUAAGCAAGAACUGCAGGCAGAAUAUGAAUAAGUCGUAUACGGUAGAUGAUCUUGAUCCUUUUGCCCGAGCUGAUAUCUCAAAUGCGGAGAGUGACAUACUUCGCCAGUGUAGUGUAAGUGUGUACUAUCCCGAUGUAAACUACGCAGCUGAGUCUUCGAGGCUGCGUGAGGCACUGCUGAAGAAAAUUGGCGAAAAGCGAAGUGCAGUGAAAAGGGAGAAACUCGAAAUUGCUUUACCGGGGUCGUCAAAUGCUAUCGCUGUCAGCGACGGAGGAACAUGCGAAUUACUACGAAACGGAAAAUCCAUGUCUCUCAUAGUUGAUGUGCCAAAGGAUGAAGAUCUUGAGCAGUAUUGUCGUUUCUUCUGCAAAAAUGCUCUACGAGCGUGUCGCUUGAAGAAAAGCGAACGUCGUGUUUUGUCAAAUCAUUUCCUUUCAAAUAGGAUGGAGAAGUUCAAAAAUCCGGCGCUUAUCCAGUUUGCCACGGUAGAGGACAGUAAAGAAGCGCUGGAAACACAUUCAAGUCAUGGUCGAAAAGUGGCUCAGUAUCUUCCACGAACUUUCAUUGCUGGAUGCGAUCGUUGGAACAAUAUAAAUAAUGCUACCAUGACUUUUCGAGUAAAAUGGUAUAAACGCCCUUCAAGCGGAGUUGGAGUCGUGAAGUUCAACAGCGCCAGUGACGCUCAAUUGGCAUCGGAUGUAUUCAUCUAUCAUGGCUAUUCAGAAGCCGAGAGACAUAGCUGCUUUGGUGAUGAUACGAAAGCGAUCAAGUACAUACCUAACAGCUAUCAACAUGAUUCGUUAUUCGAGCAUCAUAUGCGAGAGAUUCUUGAACCUAAUGAUAUCCACAUUGUCAGAGCCUAUCUGCAAAGAAUUCCCAGAUCCAGAAAUGAUCUGAGUGUGAAGGUACAGCAGCAGAUCAGUCGUGCCAUAAUUGAGUAUCUGAUCCGGCGUCGCGUGUGGGAUGGACAUAUUCCAUGGCUGCAGCAGGAGUGGAGAGCGUUGCUUUCCUCAAAUGACCUGCCAUGGCGUUGGAAUGCGCUGGAUAUAAAAGACAAUGAGGGAAUCGCCACUCCUUGUGAGGCGGAGUUGAUCCUUGAUAAUGUCGAACAAGGCCUAGAUCUAGUGGAUUUCCUCACGGCAAGCACGGCUGAUUUCACAAAACUCUACGAUGAAAGGACCAAUGCGUGUCAGAAGCUUUUCAUCAAGCCAAUCUACUGCAUAACAGUCCCAGUCACAAGAGAAGUACGGGUUGCUUGCGACACUUUCAUAAGGCAACUAAACGAAGAAGAAACAGCAGCAGCUCAUGCCACAAACGACGAAAUGCAGUGUUUGAAAAUUGUUGAUUUGACAUGGAAUAAGGGUCACAAUAACUGUGAUGACGUUGAUACCAGUAUAGGAGAACUGAGCGUGCAAGGAUGGCCAGUACGCCGUGUUCAAGAGGUGGCCACGCGUUUAAUAUCAUUGUUCGAAGGCACCUAUAUGGAUUGCUCCGAUGAAGUUUAUGGACGCCUGUUAUAUGGGCACGGUGCUAAAUAUGUCGAUUUUGCUCGUGAAAAAUUGCGUGGAAAGGCUGUCAUCGAUGUGGAUUUGUUGCGAGAACGAAUCACAGUUGUCGGAGAGUCGGCUGAUUUGGCUAAAGAAAAACUCAAAUUUUUCGCUGAGAAUAGCCAUGCUUUCAAGUUAAGUGAAGUGAUUACUCUUGGACCACCGCGCUACCUGUUCUACAUGCGUGACGUAUUAUGUUUCGGAGUCGGCAUAGAAAGACUGAGGGAGAUCUGCGGUGGAGCUGAUUUGGAAUUCGUUGACAAUGUGGGCAUUCAGUUUUCCGGGACUCUAGAACAGUACGAACUGUUGACAAAUUAUCUGGAAGAGGUUGACGAACGGCUUGUGAUGUCGAGUUCCCCAACGAACGCUUCUUCCAAACCGACUUGUCCAGUGUGCCUAUCGCCAGUUAGCAAUGCUUUUUACUCACUCGAGUGUGGUCACUAUUACUGUUUGAAGUGCAUCAUCUUUCAGGUGAGAACAAUGAUCCGAAAUAGACAUCUGCCCAUACGGUGCGUUUAUGAUGACUGCGAAAAGCCUAUUGCUGUCAGUGACCUCAAGGAACUUAUUCUUGGAGAAGAGCGUCUUCCCUGGCUAAGCGGUGAAAAAUUGCGACCUUUGAUUGACAGCAGCCUUGACUGCAUUAUUCGAAAACAUCCGAGUUUGACGCGAUGCCCAACUCCUGACUGCUUUGGUGUUUGCGAUGUUUCUGGAAAGUCUGGCGUGUUCCAGUGCGAAUCAUGUAAGAAAGAGAGAUGCACAGGCUGCAUGUUGGAACCUCAUGAAAAUCUGACAUGUGAAGAAUACUCUAGACUCAGAACUGAUGGCGUAGCUUCACUCAAGGCGUAUCUCAGCAAAAAUGAAGGCAAAGCACGUGAAUGUCCAACCAAAGGCUGUGGUGCCAUCAUUGAAAAAGGCGAAGGAUGUUACCAUAUGCAGUGCACGAUGUGCAAGAUUCACUUCUGCUGGCUCUGCGAUUAUACGAGUGAUCAACAAUCCAAAAUAUAUGGACAUCUGCGAGAAAACCAUGGAGCUAUCGGCGCCGAAUGGCCUAGGCCGAGGACAUACCGGACGACAUGGACGUCGCGUAAAAUAGGGGUCUCUUUUCUUCACUUCGGUGGAGUCAGACCUUGCUCAUCAUAAGAAGCUUGUGGUCAUUAUAGCUGUCACUAUGGGUGCUACUAAGUUAUUUUUGAAACUCCGAAAAUACGUGUACAUUUAUUGAUUAGCUUAGUUACUGGUUCCGUUUCACUUAUGUUCGUAUUUUUUCCGUUGUAUUUAUCCAUGCUUGUUGCUUAUCUGAAUCAUAAUCUAUUCAUGUUGCUGAAACUGUUAUUCAUCCAUCCUACAUCGUUUUUUCUCCCAUAUCUCUCUAGAGAUGGGUCAUGUCAACGUCACGGAUGUCGCCUCAUCCCUAGGGAUAGGCGAUAUCUCAUCGCUGUCUCUUUGUUGCUCUUAUCCAAGAAGACACUGCCAUUGCCACUUCGUGCAUAUGUCCCCCCGGUUAGCGUUUUUUGUAUUUCACGGUUACUUGCUUCUCAGAAUUUUCUAUGAAAAUCGUGUGAACUACUUCUGGUCUAUGCCCUCAUUGUAUACUCGUAUUAUUGGUAUAGUUUAUACCGAUAAAACCCUUUAAACUUCAUCAUUCUGUAUCCUUCGCAGAAUAUGUAAUAAAGGUACAUUCUUACGCAUAUAGCGACGUUUGG